UUUCUCGACAAUUCGAAUACGUCUUCUUGUUUCACUUCAACAUCUCGGCAAUGACUCUUUCUGUGGUAGUUCGUGAAAAUGUGAAAUCUGAAUAUCGAAUCGUGCUCCGAAACACUUCGAUUUAUGACGUAGCAGUGAAGAUUGUAAAUCCCAACGAAAGCCCAAAACUUGAACGUUACGAAUGCUUGGUUCUAUCCAAUAAGUAUACUGAAGUCGCAAUCCUUGAAACACCAUCCAAAGCUGCUCUGCUGAAAAACAAGCCGGUCGAUAUCUACGCUAGGGCCAUUUACCCGUACAAUCGAAAAAACAUUCGUCACUGGAUUGACGGACACGUGUCGUAUAAGCCACAUCAUCUCGUCCAGACACUCAAUUUUCUCGCCGACGAUGCCGAGUAUUCGGCGAAAACGAUUGUCAUCGACCUGCCCGGGAGAUCUACAAUGAUUGAGUCGACGGGAUAUGCAAUCAAAAUGAACAACAGUAAACCACUUCUUCGUGCUUUUCUGGAAAAUGACACGGCUUGCGCUGCUCAAUUCGAAUCGAAAUCCGUGCUGAAAUGCCUCCCAAGAGUUGCAAAACCGGAUUCUCUGAAAUCCAGCAAAAAAGCUCCAAUCGAAGCAAAGAAUGAAGAUCCCUGCUUCAUGAUUCCAUUGUUCAAGGCAUUGUGCAAUCCGAAGACAAAGGUCGAGACGUUGGCACAUGGGGAAACCAAAUCGAGUGAAUAAAAACAUAUGGAACGCAAAAAAUGAUUGAAAAAUAAAUUAUCAUAUCAG